AACAGCCAGAGGCUUGCCGUGACUCGGGGCCCUUCUCUCUAAGCCGGAGCAGCCUCAACCUCCCCAGGGCGCAGCCGCCCGGCAGCGCCCAGCUCCGCAGCACCAGCCCGGGGGCCCCUCCUCGUCCUCCCCCACCAUGAUGCUCAACUCGGAGCAGACCGAGCUCGACCUGCCCCCGGCUCACUCCGAGCCCGAAUCCGUCUUCAGCGACUGCGGCGGCGGCUCGGGGGGCACGGAGGAGGCGGCUGGCACGGGGCUGUGCCCCCAGUCCCGGGUGGCAGAGGCAGGAGAAGCCGGGAAGAAAGACCUGCAGCACCUGAGCCGGGAGGAGCGGCGGCGCCGGCGCCGAGCCACGGCCAAGUACCGGACAGCCCACGCCACGCGGGAGCGGAUCCGGGUGGAAGCCUUCAACAUGGCCUUCGCCGAGCUGCGCAAGCUGCUGCCCACCCUGCCCCCGGACAAGAAGCUCUCCAAGAUCGAGAUCCUGCGCCUGGCCAUCUGCUACAUCUCCUACCUGAACCACGUCCUGGACGUCUGA